AUGACGGUAGUGUAUGUAACGGUUGUGGGGGUAAGCACGCGCGAAGCGCGUGCCGUUUUCGUGACGCCGUGUGUCACUCGUGUAAUAGAAAAAGACAUCUCGCGAAAAUAUAUAGAUCGAAGGAACCGCGUACUGGAGACGCGAACAGUAGCGGCGCUGCAGCCAGCCGAAAAUAUAGACACGAUUCGAGUUAUCGACAGAGUGAACGCAAUGAACGCGCAUAACAAACACAUGAUUGACGUUAUCAUAGAUGGUAAAAUGCUUCAAAUGGAAAUAGAUUCGGGUGCACCGUGCGGCAUCGUGAGUGUAAAUACGCUGCGUAAAAUCAAACCGCGGUUCGCAUUAGAAAAGACGAAUAGACAGUUUGUUAGUUAUACCGGUCACCAGAUCCUGUGUAUCAGUUGCAUUCCCGUAAAGGUUACUAUCGGACAUACCACUCGUGAACUUAAUCUUUUUGUGGUGAAAGGUCCUUUCGACGCGCUAUUCGGUAGAGAAUGGAUCUCGCAUUUCGUACAUAAAAUAGACUUUAAAAAACUUUUUUCCGCGCCGGAAACAGUGCAUAUGAUCAGUACCGCCGUGCCGAGUUUAACGCAAGGUCAAAAGGCACAGCUAGAUCAACUCUUGGCGAAAUAUAAAGAUAUUUUCAGCUCAACAGCAGGAACUCUUACUGGUCCACCCAUAUCGUUACACCUGAAGCCAGACGAGCACCCUAUCCCAAAAACCGAGCAUAUAUUCAGUCAACUAAAAGGGGCGAAAUUCUUCUGUCAUCUCGACAUUACGGAUGCGUAUUCUCAUCUCGUCCUUAAUGAAGAAUCUAGUCAUGUAUUAACGCUCAAUACGCCAACGCAUGGAAUAAUCCGCCCAGUCCGAGCGGUCUAUGGAUCCUCCAGCAUCCCUGCUAUAUGGCAACGCAAGAUAGAAACUGUCUUACAAGGUCUCGAAAACGUUAAGAAUUUUUUUGACGAUAUGGUUCUUUACGCAGAAAAUUUCGAAAGCCUACUAAAAAUGCUGGAUCUAGUUCUACAAAGACUCAGAGAGCAUGGUCUACAUCUCAAUCGAGAUAAAUGUGUAUUCGCGACAUCAGCGAUCAAAUUUUUAGGACACAAAGUAGACUCUCAAGGAAUACACAAAUCGGAUAAGCACGUUCAAGCUAUCAGAAACGCACCAAAGCCAAGCACACCAGAGGAAUUGCAAUUGUUCCUCGGGAAAGCAACCUAUUACAGUUUUUUUAUCCCAGAUCUAUCAACAAGAAAUUGUCCUCUUAGAAAUAUGUUACUCGUCAAGCCAUACAAAUGGACUCCAACUGCUGAGAAAGCAUACGACAACAUCAAGAACGUCUUAGUUUCUCCACAAGUUUUGAUGCCAUAUGACCCAACACGAUCACUAUUACUCGCAACAGACGCCAGCAAGACAGGAUUAGGCGCUGUUUUGUCUCAUAGACUCGACAACGGUCAGGAACGACCAAUCGCAUAUGCAAGCAGAACGAUGAGCGCUACGGAGCAACGCUACCCGCAAAUAAAUAAGGAAGCAUUGGUGGAAGCAGGUCAAGACUUAGCCCGUUCUGGCUACAAAGCACCUGAGGCUAAUUAUAGACUAGGAAGCAACUGCCUAGUGUUAGAGCAUCGAGUUGUCAUUCCACCAGCGUUCAGAGAGACGAUACUGAAGGAGCUGCACACUGCGCACUUAGGGAUAGUUAAAAUAAAGGGUCUGGCAAGAUCCUUUGUUUUUUGGCCCGGCAUCGACUCCGACAUCGAGGGAGAAGCCAAAACGUGUUCUGAGUGUGCCAAAAACGCUCAUAAACCGCCAAAGUACCGUAGACAUCAUUGGGAGUAUCCCAAGAGUCCUACGGAGCUCCAGUCACCAUCGUAUCAGACAAUGGUCCGCAGUUUGCAGCCAUGGAGUUCAAAUCAUUUCUUCGAAGAAGCCGUGUUAAAUUCCACAAGUUCAUAG